AUGGCAGACCUGGCCAAGGUUAUUGCUUCACGAAGUGUUGAAUGCAUCAUUAUCACAACCCCAGCUAAUGCUCCUGUUUUCCAAACACCCGCCAACAACCCACCUAUCACUAUCCAUACCCUCCCCUUACCAGAUGUCGGCCUCCCGCCUGGCAUUGAAAACUUCAGCUCUAUCACUUGUGAUGACAUGAGACCCAAACUAUUCACUGCCGCCGUGUUAAUGCUUCAAAAACCAACUCAAGACUUGGUCCGAAAAAUACAACCAGAUUGCAUUGUUUCUGAUAUGUUUUAUCCCUGGUCCUCAGAUUUAGCAGCUGAAAUCGGAGUCCCAAGGGUAUUAUUUACUAGCAGCAUCUUUUCUGAAUGUUGUAACCAUAUUCUUAAGCUUCAUGCACCUCACCAUCAAGUAGAAAAAGAUGAUGGUUUAGUAAAGUUUUCUUCACUGCCUCACAACAUACAAAUGAAGAAAUCUCAACUCCCUAAAUGGGUAAGAGUCCCUAAUAGUUACACCCAUUUGAUGGAUAUCAUUCGGGAGGCGGAACUCAAGAGCUCUUGGAUUUUGGCUAACACGUUUUGUGACGCGGAAAAGGAGUUUGAAGAGUGGUACUACAAACUAACUGGGAUCAAUAUAUGGAACCUUGGCCCUCUUUUCCUCCAUCGUAAGGAGGUGGUCAAGGACAAGGCUGCUCCAGAUGAGGUUGACGAUUGUUGGAACACUUGCCUGAGUUGGUUAAACCAAAAGAAAUCCAACUCAGUGUUGUAUGUCAGCUUUGGUAGUUUGACCAUAUUUCCUGAUAAUCAGCUCCAGGAGAUCGCAGCCGCGCUCGAAGCAUCUGGGCAUGACUUCAUUUGGGCUGUUAAGAAAAAGAGAGCUGAGAAAAUGGGGGAUGGGGAUGAGAAUGAGAAUUGGUCAGUGGAUGAGUUCAGCAAGAAAAUGGAAGCAAGUAACAAAGGGUUGAUUAUACAAGGGUGGGCCCCACAGUUGUUAAUUUUAGAACAUGAAGCUAUUGGGGGAAUGUUAACACAUUGUGGAUGGAAUACUAUACUAGAAGGGGUUGCUACUGCGGGUGUACCACUCGUAACAUGGCCACUGUUUGCCGAACAGUUUUACAAUGAAAGAUUGGUUGUGGAUGUGUUUAAAAUUGGGGUUGCUGUAGGGAUCACUCAGUGGUGCGAUUUAGAAGAGGCUGGAAAGGAAUUCGUAACGAGUCAGAAAGUGGAGACAGCAAUUCGAGCUGUGAUGGGCGAUGGAGAGGGGGUGGCAGAGAUGAGGCGGCGGGCGAAGGAACUUAGUCAAGCUUCUAAAAGGGCUGUCAAGAAGGGUGGUUCAUCUCAGGCUAACUUAGUGGCCUUUCUAAAUCAGUUGAAAUUAAAACGUUCAAAUUAA